AGCGUGGCGCUGCUCGGCCGCGCGGGCCGCGCGAGGCGGAAGCCUGAGCGCGAGGCGGGAGGCUGGAGGCGGAGCCGCCGCGCUGAGUCACGCCGGAUUGACCCGCCCGCCGCUUUCAGGGGCGGAGGUGACAGCGGGCCCGGGACGGGCGGCUGCAGCUGCCUGCCGCGCGGAGGAACCGCCGGGCGGCGGAGAGCAAGUCAGGGGCCGAGCCGGGUCGCUGUCCCGGGCAGCGGACAGAGGGGACCCGCGCCCUGAAGGACGCACCGCGCGACCCGGCCUGCGCCGCCCCUGCCCCGCUGCGGCUGCUGCCCAGCCCGGAGCCCCGGAGGGGCGGUGGGACGCCGGGCCCUCGUCGGAGUCCUUCGCUCCAGGUUAUGAAAGAUGGAGGCCGGCUCAGUGGUUCGAGCCAUCUUUGACUUCUGCCCUAGUGUCUCAGAAGAACUGCCGCUCUUUGUGGGAGAUAUUAUUGAGGUGUUGGCAGUGGUGGAUGAAUUUUGGCUUCUAGGAAAGAAAGAGGAUGUGACAGGACAGUUCCCCAGCAGUUUUGUGGAAGUUGUCACCAUUCCCAGUCUAAAAGAGGGAGAGAGACUGUUUGUCUGCAUCUCUGAAUUUACAUCCCUAGAACUGAACAGCCUCCCCCUCCAUCGAGGUGACCUAGUGAUUCUCGAUGGCCCUCCCACUAGCGGCUGGCUGCAGGGCCGGAGCUGCUGGGGUGCCCGGGGCUUCUUCCCAUCCUCGUGUGUCAGGGAGCUGUGCCUCUCCUCACAGAGUCGGCAGUGGCACUCCCAGAGCGCCCUUCUCCAGAUUCCUGAAUAUUCAAUGGGACAAGCCCGGGCGCUGAUGGGGCUUUCUGCCCAGCUGGACGAGGAGCUGGACUUCAGAGAAGGGGAUGUGAUUACCAUCAUUGGAGUUCCCGAACCCGGCUGGUUUGAAGGGGAGCUAGAGGGUCGAAGAGGCAUUUUUCCAGAAGGCUUUGUAGAGCUUCUGGGGCCCCUGAGGACUGUGGAUGAGUCGGUAAGUCCAGGAAACUGCGAUGACCGCAUUUCUAACGGUGAAGCAGAUACUCCUGUGGGAGAAGAGGAGAGAGAGCUGGAAGAGGACAGCCAGCAGCCGGGUACCUACGGAAUCGCCCUCUACAGAUUCCAAGCCCUGGAGCCCAAUGAGCUGGAUUUUGAAGUCGGCGAUAAAAUCCGAAUCCUGGGGACCCUGGAAGAUGGCUGGCUAGAAGGGUCACUGAAGGGCAGGACAGGCAUCUUUCCGUACCGUUUCGUAAAGUUAUGUCCUCAGACAGGGGCGGAGGAGUCCGUGGAUCUGCCACAGGACAGCAGCCUCACCAAGAUCCCUGACACGUCUUUGGACCUUUCGGAGAACUCCUUCGAAGCAGAGGAGGAAAAACAUGAAUCUCACGAGUAUGAUGUGGAGAAGUCCAACUGUGUUAUUUCUGAAACACCCAUGUCCCCCUUGGAGCAUCUGACUUCUGAGUAUGAAGAAGACAAAAACUCUCACUGGGAUGCUGGCACCAUGGGAGGGCCCCCAAGGAGCCCAGGCAUGGGGCCUGAACAGCCUCUUGCCAGAGACGCGUCCACGCCGGAACCUUCCGAGGUCAUCAAUGGUGUUGCAUCCCAACCUCCAGUCUCUUUCCAUCAUCCCCAGUUGCAGAAAAGCCAGGAUUACUCUACAGCAGGCGGGAGCUACCCAAGCCCAGACCAGUAUUCUGACCCUCUUCCUCUAGAAGCAAGGACGAGGGACUACUCCAGCCUACCUCCCAGAAGAACACACUACCAGCCAAGAACCCCUCAGAGGCCAGGGCCACCUCUUCACAGCGCCUCUUCCCUUCCAGCCUCCAGGGGAGCCCGACCCAGCCAGGUGAGCCCUUGGCCCCAGGGCAUGGCAAGGUGUGUGAAAAAGCACCGCACACCCAGAGAAAAUGCUUCCAGCCUUUGCUCUGCAUCAGAGAGAUCAGAACUAAAGCCCAGUCCACAAGGCAAGGCGCCCAUCCCAGAAGCAGCGGCACUUCCACAAGGAGACGGCAGCACGGACCUGGAUUCUAAGUUAACGCAGCAGCUGAUAGAGUUUGAGAAGAGCUUGUCAGGGCCCAGCACAGAACCAGAUAAAAUUUUGCGCCACUUUUCAAUUAUGGAUUUUAACUCUGAGAAGGAUAUUUUCCGAGGUUCCUCCAAGCUAGUCACCCAGCAUGAGCUGCCCGAGAGGAGGAAGGCUCUAAGGCCACCGCCACCCCGUCCCUGUACUCCAGCACCCACUCCUGCCCAUUUGCUGGGGGACCAGAACCUGAGACCGGAACCCCCGUUGGCAAUGCGACCCUCUCGCCCAGCUCCCCUGCCUCCCUCAGCCCAGCAGAGAACGACUGCAGGAGCCACCAAGCUCCUAACUUGUAACCGUCCUGCCUGGGAGCCCAAAGAAAAGGAGCACCCUGAGAACAUGGAAAAGACUCUGGACCAGACUUCCCAGUGUCCCUUAGUCUUGGUGAAGAUUCAGGAAAUGGAGCAGGAUUUGGAUAUGUGCCUCAGGGCUCAGGAAGAGCUGAACUUGUUGCUGGAGGAGAAGCAAGAGGAAUCACUAAGGGCAGAGACCCUUGAAAAUCUUAAGCUGUGUGAGAGUAACAUUGAGAGUUUGAAUCUGGAGCUCCAGCAGCUUAGAGAAAUGACGCUCCUCUCCUCCCAGUCUUUGUCGCCGGUGGCCCCUUCUGGGUCUGUGUCCACUGAAAACCCAGAGCAGAGGAUGCUGGAGAAGAGAACCAAGGUGAUAGAAGAACUUCUUCAGACAGAAAGAGACUACAUUCGGGAUCUGGAAAUGUGUAUUGAGCGGAUCAUGAUACCCCUGCAGCAGGCACAGAUACCAAACAUUGAUUUUGAGGGGCUUUUUGGAAAUAUGCAGAUGGUGAUUAAGGUCUCGAAGCAAUUGUUGGCUGAUCUGGAAAUCAGCGAUGCUGUAGGACCCGUGUUUCUUGAUCACCGGGAUGAGCUUGAAGGAACAUACAAGGUUUACUGCCAGAAUCAUGACGAGGCCAUCUCACUGCUCGAAAUCUAUGAGAAGGAUGAGAAGAUCCAGAAGCAUCUUCAGGACUUCUUGGCAGAUCUUAAGAGCCUGUAUAACGAAUGGGGAUGCACAAAUUAUAUUAACCUGGGCUCCUUCCUCAUCAAACCUGUGCAGAGAGUAAUGCGUUACCCACUGCUGCUGAUGGAGUUGCUGAAUGCCACCCCGGAAUCCCACCCAGACAAAGUGCCUUUAACCAACGCAGUCCUUGCGGUCAAGGAAAUCAACAUGAACAUUAAUGAAUAUAAACGUCGAAAGGACCUGGUCCUCAAGUACCGAAAGGGUGAUGAAGAUAGUCUCAUGGAGAAAAUUUCCAAGCUGAACAUCCACUCCAUCAUCAAGAAGUCCAACCGGGUUAGCAGCCAUCUGAAGCACCUCACUGGCUUUGCCCCACAGAUUAAAGAUGAAGUGUUUGAAGAAACCGAAAAGAACUUCCGAAUGCAAGAAAGAUUGAUCAAAUCUUUUAUCCGAGACCUGUCUCUCUACCUCCAGCAUAUUCGGGAAUCAGCAUGUGUGAAGGUGGUGGCCGCCGUGAGCAUGUGGGAUGUGUGCAUGGAGAAGGGACACAAAGACCUGGAACAGUUCGAGAAGGUGCAUCGCUACAUCAGUGACCAGCUCUUCACACAUUUUAAGGAGAGGACAGAGCGGCUGGUCAUCUCUCCCCUGAAUCAGUUACUGAGCAUGUUCACAGGGCCCCACAAGCUGGUGCAGAAACGCUUUGACAAGCUUCUGGACUUCUAUAACUGCACAGAACGGGCAGAGAAGCUGAAGGACAAGAAGACUCUGGAGGAGCUGCAGUCGGCCCGGAACAACUACGAGGCCCUGAACGCCCAGCUGCUGGACGAGCUGCCGAAGUUCCACCAGUACGCACAGGGCCUCUUCAGCAACUGUGUGCACGGCUAUGCCGAGGCCCACUGCGACUUUGUGCGCCAGGCGCUGGAGCAGCUGAAGCCGCUGCUCUCGUUGCUCAAAGUCACCGGCAGGGAGGGGAACCUGAUUGCCGUCUUCCACGAGGAGCACAGCAGGGUCCUGCAGCAGCUCCAGGUUUUCACCUUCUUCCCAGAGUCCCUUCCUGCCACCAAGAGGCCGUUUGAGAGGAAAACCACAGACCGCCAGUCCACCCGAAAACCGCUCCUGGGCCUGCCAAGUUAUAUGCGCCAGUCGGAAGAACUCCGGGCCUCCCUCUUGGCAAGAUACCCCCCGGAAAAACUCUUCCAAGCAGAACGGAACUUCAAUGCUGCUCAGGACUUGGAUGUCUCACUCCUGGAAGGCGACUUGGUGGGUGUGAUCAAGAAGAAGGACCCCAUGGGCAGUCAGAACCGCUGGCUGAUUGACAAUGGAGUCACCAAAGGCUUCGUGUACAGCUCCUUCCUGAAGCCCUACAACGCGCGCCGCAGCCACUCUGACGUCUCCGUGGGCAGCCACUCCUCCACCGAGUCCGAGCCGGGCGGCUCCUCCCCGCGCGUCCCUCGGCGGCAGAACAGUGGGGGCACCUUGACUUUCAAUCCCAGCAGUAUGGCCGUGACCUUCAGCGCAGGACCUGGCCAGAAACAGCCUCCAGACGCAGCCUCUCCGAGGGAAGUUGACCAGGGAGCCCUCAGCGCCUCCUUCCACCCCGAGAGCAGCCCUUGCAGGUGCCCCUCGGACCCAGACUCCCCCUCCCAGCAGAGGCCCUGGGACUUGGCAGACGCUGCGGCCAGAGACGCUCACCAGCCCGGCCCCGCCCUGAGGAGCUGCCGAAACUCCAGGCAUCCAGAAAUGGCCGGUCACGUGGUGCCCGGGCGCAGCGGGCAAGGUAGAGACCUUGUAAAAGCAGGUACACGAGCGGCCCCGACGGCGGACGACAGGAACGGCGAGCCGGGAAGUAGCGAGGCGGAGGGCAACCAGGUCUAUUUUGCUGUCUAUUCCUUCAAGGCACGGAACCCAAAUGAGCUGAGUGUGUCAGCCAAUCAGAGACUCAAGAUCCUGGAGUUUAAAGAUGUUACAGGAAAUACAGAAUGGUGGUUAGCCGAGGUCAAUGGGAAGAAGGGCUAUGUUCCCUCCAAUUAUAUCUGCAAAACUGAGUACACCUGAACCUGUCCUGCUUCCCGCUCCACCUUGCUGCCUUCCCUUCCUUCUGCUGAAGGGUUCUGGUGUCCAUUGAGAGGGCACCUGCUCCUGAGACACUGGCCCUGCCCGCGUUGCUUGACCAUGCCACGGGGAGCCACAAGAUGAGUCUUGUUCUCCUCAACUGGGUUGUCAACCUUGAUGCUCUCUAGGAUUUCUAGAAUUUGAAAGGGACCCUGGGGCUUGCAAGUGAUUUCAGUGACCGUGAGAAGAGAGGCAAGUCCUGGGUCAGCCUAUGGAAAGAGAAAUUUCCAGUCAGUAGACCAGCAUCCCGUGUAUGCUGGAAGCUGUGCUGUAGCAUUAGAAGAAUUUGGCGUUGGUUGUGCCAUGCUGAGUUUGGGGUGGCCCCAUGCUCCCUGAUCAACUGACCGGAACUGACUCAGAUGAAGAGAAUUCUCUGGGAGCCCUUUUAGGCCACGCUUCUGCAUGUGGCAAAGGAGUUUGUCCAGAUGUACCGAAUCUGGUCUUUCAAAACCUCAUGUCUGGUACACAUUCGCACACACCCGUUAUUUCUAAGUUCCUAAAACACUACCGUCUGUAAUCUUUUUUUAUUUAUUUCACUGCAUUUCCGGAUUGCUUGUGCAGAAUUCAAGCUAUUUUCUUUCUCCUUUUAAAAAAUGUUUAGGGUCUUGCUUUUCUUUGAACCUUCACCCGAAAGGUUGUCUUCCCGAUAGGUGCUGUCCUCCACACCUCGCGGACAGUCAUCCAUGCUCUGUAGAGUCACUGCUGCUGUGAUAUGUGUCCUGGCGCUCAGUAACCGGGAGACUUUCCUAGGAGAGCAGGACCAGAGCCCCCCCGUUCCAUUAGAAGGACUCAUCCUGCUGGGGCCUGAAGCCAGUCCCGCCGGGUAGGACACUGGAUGCCUCUCUCCUUCAUCCAAGCACACUGCUCUCCACAGAUGCAGAAAACACCAAAUAAGCCUGUGUCUUCUUUGAAUUAGGAUAAGCAGUCCCAGAAGUGGCCUAUCCUCGACUUGGAAGGAAGCAUUUUCUGUUUCACCAGCCCUCAUGCUUCCGAGACCAUGGUGGAAACCAAACAGAAUCUAAAGUGCCUGGUCAGCCUCCCUCUGUCUCAGGAAGAAAUUUGCUAAUCCUGACACGAAGACUCUCCCCCCGGAGUUUGUAUUUGAGCAGGGCUCUUAUUCUUCAGGUCCGCCCCACAUAGGAAGCGUGCUUGGGAACUGGGAAACCAUGAACUUUGCCUUUUAAGAGAGCGAUUGAAGACCAGCCUUACAGCCCUUGCUCUUCCCAGUGCACCUUGGCCCUUAAAGCCCUGGUGAAUCAGGAGACACCUGUGGACUCCUGGCCCCAUGAGUCUGCUGGGUCGGUCAGAAGGCAGCAACACAAAAGUCUCUUGUGAAUAGUGUUUAUAUCUAGAGAUGUUUAUAUUUAAGUAGCUAUUUUAUAAAUAAAAGCAUUUCAAAGGGCA